UGUAUGAUUUUGUAAUAUUUUUAAGUAUAAUUAAACGUUAUGAACGUCCAUUUAUUACAGAUAGAAGUUUGAUUAUUGAUUUGACCAAUACAGAUAAUAAAGCUUUUAACUAUCGAUAAUUAAUCGAUCACCAAAAGCGAACUAAUUGCCAGCAGUGAUGUCACGUAGCUUUCGACAAUGUUUUGCAUGAGUUCGUACAAAAUUGACACAGUCUAUGGCAGAAGUUUCACCAUGAAAUUUCAUACAAUUAGAAGAUGGUGGUUUCUCUUUCUACCGCGUAGAACUUUCGUCGGACGUUGUCAUUGGCUGCUCAGUCGAGCUGAAAUUCAAUUUCAUUUUCCUUAUUUUUAGUAUUAUCAUUAUUACAGUGGUCUGUCAUCGAUGUCGAAACAUUACGACGAAAUUUCUAGUAGUUGCAAUCGAUCGUUGCAAGCGUCUGCAACUACGCAUUCAUCGAGAAAGUAGCAAUUAAAGCGAGCUACAACAGAAGAAUCGUUAAAUCGUGUUCGAGCCGCGUGGCAAAUUGAAUAACUUACUUUGCAACGUAGCAUAUAUUUAGGAUAUUUAUUAACGCGUUGACUGUACGAAUCGUAGCUGUGAGUUUAAUUUAGUCGAAAACGAAAAAUCUUCAUCGCAACGAUCAUGUUACGCUAUGGAAUUGGCGUAGCUGUCCAUUUCCUUUUUAGGAAUUUGAUCUUUAUCUAGUUACGCCAAUGACAGAACAUCAAAACAAACGAUAAAAAGAGACAAUUAUUUAUUUCCCAAGCUUUUCUGUUAGAUUUGUAAUCGUUGUCCAAGGAACGAUAUAGCAAAAACAUAUCGGUUGCCACAAAGGUCGCUAUAAAUUAAAACACAAACGAAGGAAAUUACACCGAUAAAAUUACGCCAGUAAUGCAAAACAGCAAACAUAAGCAUUAGAUUAAAAUAACCUUCAUAAUCGAUAUUAUCAGAUUUUAUAUUAGCCACGGUUAUUUUUACCGAAUCAAUGAACAAAUUUUAUUAAUUUGAUCGAUUUCGGACGUUCAAUAAAAGCGAAAUAUCUGCACAGGUUUCGAUCAAUGAAUUCAACAGUGAAAGUAUUAGAAAGAAAUCGAUAACUAUUUUUGGUAUUGCCACGCACCACGUGUUAUGAAGUUCAAACCAAGAUGAAUAUCUUUCGUCAUGGUAAUUAGUCUGCUGCUGAAGUUUGAAUAAUAAUCAGAAUAGAUUGUCGAGUUCAAAGUCUAGUUUAUGUUCUUUUCCUUUUUCAAUUCUUGAAUUAUUAAUUCAAUUUCAACACUCUUUUUAUUCUGUGUACACGGUUUACCGUUAUUUCAAUACUGAGGCUGUUCAUUGACUUUUACUGGGCUCUCCCUAAACUCCCUACAGGUUCUCCCUGGCAUUGACGUAAACCGAAGAAUAUAAGAAAGAAAGCUUCAUAUUCCAUAUCCUAAAAAUCUCGAAAUUUCUAAAGUAAAAAAUGUCGAGUCACUUUUAAAUUACAUCACAUCACAAUUGCCUUUUACUUUCAUUGAACGUGUUCAUACAAAAAUCUGCAAACUCAUUCUGAAAUCAUCGUGAUACGAUUCCUUGUAAUAAUCUCAGCGAAACUGGAGUGAAACUUGUAAAAAUAAACUGAAUUUGUUUUUCCUCUGCAAAGGAGACAACUUGUCCAUUGAUGUAGUCGAAAGUAAAACAUGUUCAGGUUCGAACGAAGGUCCAAAGUUAGCCUUGUCCGAUGGUUGACCUUUCUUGUCGUACGGUUCCCAUGUUUCAUCGUCCACCGAUCUUUCGUUACAAAAUUCAUUACCUUUGGAUACUAAAUUCCUCGUCUGCUUAGAUGUUUUUCUAAAAUCUCGUUUAUGGCCUGUAUGGUAAAUAUAAUCCAAGGUAAACGAAUCCCAUAACGUCCGAGCCUGAUGGUUUAUAGCAAACGACGACUUUGAACAGAAUAUUUUACAGUAUCUUAAUAAUAUUCGUAUUUUAAUUUGUAUCGAUAGACUCGAGUUUGGAAACGAAUCGAGAAUUUUAAAUAAUUUGUUUUUACACGUACGUUUAGAUGUGUACUUCUUUUUAAUUGCUCGACCAGUCUUCCUUGAAAUUCUUCCUUCGAUUCAUAAAUUCCGUGGAUAUUGCUUUUGAAAUUUAUAAAAUUCGCUUUAAUAAUAUAGUGAAAAGUUGUGUUGAGGAAGUGCUUGUGGUUGCUUUUUAAGAGUUUAGAACAUAAAUAAAUCUUACUACAUUUUUUGCUAUGUAUCUUAUACAAUAUUUCUGUUUCGUAAUCAGUUAUAGCGUGUCUGAUGUUAUUCAGAAAGUAAAGCAGUGAACAGUUCAUUGUUUCUCUUGAAUACUUAAUAUAGUUGUUAAAACGUAAGAAUAUUGAAUGUAUGUAUAAUUUUCAUCGAGUUAUUUCGUGCCUUUCUAGUAAUUAAAACAAUGAACUAUUCUCGGUAAAGGCACUAUGAGAACGUCGAAGAACAAUGAUACUACACAUGAAUAAAAUAAUAAUACUUAUAAAACAUAAUAUUAUAUUUAAAAUGUAUACCGUUAUAAAUAAUAGAAUUAAUGUUAUUUAAUACAUUAUUGACAGUUAUUCGAUACAGGAAGAAUUCUUGACACUUAUAAAUAAUAAACGCAAGAACCACGUUCCUAGGGACUACAUUUUGUCUCUGUUCCGAACGAUGAAUACUUUCACUGGUCAGAGGGAGUGAAAGGAGAAAAAAAAAUGAAAAGAGGGCACAGAGUGGGAGAUUAAAUAAAAACGAGAAGCGAAGUUAAAAGAGUCGAGAUCUAACGGAACUUACAGAAAAGAAAUACAAUGUUGUCCCAAUCGAUAAAGUAUCUAUACUAUAAAAGCGGAACAUGCGUGUGUAAUCAGAACGCAUAUUCAUAAAUUAUGAAAUCCCUAUUACCCGUAGAUGAGAAGAAUUUAAUAUGUAAAUUCUUUCGAUAAAAUAUGCGGAUAUUUUAAAUAAUUACUGUUUGCCGCGGUAUCGAAUUUCUACGACUAUCGAUUCCCACUUUUUUUCUUCAGUCUGAACUUGUCGCAUAAGCCACAUUAACCAUACAGUUGUAUUUUGCUUGUUUGUUUUUGAUAAUGGAUAUUAUUAUUGAUACUAGAGGUCAACAAGAAUUAUUAACAAAAGAUUGUUUAUUACAGUCAGACGAUGAUUUCGAUUUCGAAGAAACAGGUGGAGAACCGUCGAAGUUCUUUGAUAUAGAGGAAAAUUUAAUUGAAAAUGAAGCCCGAACAAAAAGGAACGUGUUUAACUCAGCAAAAGAUAUCGAUCUCGAUGAAUUCGAAAAUGAUAUGGGAUGGUCAGGCACACACAAGAAAGGCAAAACAUCCCCUCCAAACUUAACAGCUUUAAAACAAGAAAUAGUAUCAGUUGAUGACAUUAUGAAAAAUAGCGUUGUUAAGCCUGGUUGGGAACAACUAAAAUAUGUGCACAAUGAACAUAUAGGCAAAAGAAAAUUAAAAGCUAAAAGACAAAGAGAACGGGCUAAAACUAAGGGUACUGGUUGGUUUAAUAUGCCUGCUCCUGAAAUGACACCAGAAGUUAAACAUGAUCUUCAGGUCAUACAAAUGAGAUCAGUAUUAGAUCCAAAACGUUUCUAUAAAAAGAAUGAUCUGAAAGUUUUACCAAAAUACUUCCAAAUUGGUAAAGUUGUUAAUUCACCUUUGGAUUAUUAUUCUGGACGUCUUACAAAGAAAGAACGUAAGAAGACAAUUGUGGAUGAGCUUAUGGCUGAUGCUGAAUUUUCCAAAUUUAAUAAACGUAAAUAUAAAGAGAUUAUUGAUGAAAAGAAAAAGACACAUUACAAAGCUCACAAACAUGCAAAAAAACUUAAAGGAAAGAAAAAAUGAUGCACAUAACUUGUAAAUAUUUAU